AUGACGGAGAUAAAUGUUAGCCUUCCGGAUCGUUCAAAAAAGAUUAAUCAAUGGGAUUGGCCAUUAAAUAAGGAUGAUGGCAAGGUAAAGGUCGUCAACACGAAGGAAAAGUUUGAAGUGGUUCUUGAGGCCGUUUAUUUUCAGCCGAAAGAGAUCGAAGUCAAAGUGAUCGAUGAUCAUCUAGUUGUUCAUUGCCUGCGCGACCCAAAAGAUGGCAGUGAUAUUAAACGGGAAAUCGGCCGAAGCUACAAUCUGCCUUCAGACGUGGAUAUUCAAACACUAAAAUCGAAGCUUACAAGCAAAGGUCACCUUGUCAUCACAGCUGAUAAGAAAAAUAAAAUUUUCACUCAUUCUUAA